AAAUCUCAUAUGGUCACUAAAACGUGCUUUCAAUCUUGAAUAGAAGUUGUUUUUAAAUAUUUCAUAAAAAAUGGGCAAAAAGGAUAAAAAUAAGAAAAAAGGCAAGGGUGCCGAAAAGACAGCAAUGAAAACAGACAAAAAGCUUGCGGCCAAACAAAAGAAAAUGCUGGAAAAGCUUGGUGAGACGGAUAUAGCGGAAAUCGUCAAGAAUCUGGAAGAGCAGGAGAAGAACUUAAAAGCGAUAUCCGAAGAUGUAUGCCCAGCACCAACGGCCCGCUCCAAUUUCUCACUGGUCGCGCAUCCCGAAAAGGAAGAAUUGAUUAUGUUUGGCGGCGAGCUUUAUAAUGGCGCCAAAGUCAGCAUUUAUAACGAUCUGUUCUUUUAUAAUAUACCGCGCAACGAGUGGAAACAGUUGCGCUCACCAUCGGGACCAACGCCACGCAGUGGACAUCAAAUGGUCACCGUUGCCACAGAUGGUGGCCAGCUUUGGAUGUUUGGCGGAGAGCACGCCAGUCCCUCGCAGCUGCAGUUUUAUCAUUACAAGGACCUCUGGACGAUGAGCCUGAGGACGCGCCAAUGGUCGAAGAUAGCCGCACCGCAUGGGCCAAGUGCGCGCAGUGGCCAUCGAAUGGUUGCGGCCAAGAAGCGUCUCUUCGUCUUUGGCGGCUUUCACGAUAACAAUCAAUCGUAUCACUAUUAUAAUGAUGUCCAUGUCUUCUCCCUCGAAUCCUACGAGUGGCUACAAAUCGAAAUUGGCGGCACAAUUGCGCCGCCUGUGCGAUCGGGCUGUUGCAUGGCUGCCACACCGGAUGGCAAAAUCUUUGUUUGGGGCGGCUAUUCGAGGACAUCGAUGAAGAAGGAUCUAGAUCGUGGCAUCACGCACACGGACAUGUUUCAACUCGAUGUGGACAAAUCGGGCAAUGGCAACAAGUAUAAAUGGAGCAGUGUUAAGGCUGGCGGCUAUCGUCCAAAGCCGCGCAACAGUGUUGGCUGCACCGUGGCAGCAAAUGGGAAGGCUUAUUGCUUUGGCGGUGUCAUGGACGUCAACGAGGAUGAUGAGAAUGUGCAAGGACAGUUUGGCGAUGAGUUGCUCUCGUUUGAUUUGACGACACAGGUCUGGCGACUGCUCGAAGUGGUUGCCAAGACCAAGAGCAGCGCCAAAAAAGACAAUGAUAUGGAAAUGGCGGGAGAUGCUGCCGCAGCUGAUCCAACUGCUACCGUCAGUGAGAAGUCGGUGACAACAAGUACGGAUGGCAUUUUCACAGUUACAGUGGGUGGACCCGGCUCCAGUUCGGCGACCACCACACCCUACGUUUCCACCAUACCGAGUCUGUUUGGGCCCGCUCGUCGCACAGAUGUACCGGCACCCCGAAUGAAUCCCGGACUGUGUGUUUGCAAGGGUAUCCUGUAUCUCUUUGGCGGUCUCUAUGAGGAGGACGAGAAACAGCAAACGCUCAAUGAUUUUUAUGCCUUGGAUCUGCACAAGCUGGAUCAGUGGAAGGUUCUCAUUCCUGGAAAUCGGAAGGCCCAUGAUUGGAUCGAUGAUAGCGAGAACAGUAGCUCCGAUGAGGAAGGCAGCGACGAGGAGGACGACGAUGAUGAUGAUAGUGAUUCCGAUAUGGAUACUGAUUGAUAAAACUGAGAAACUCUCAAUAAAACACAAAAUUACUUGUAAAGUG